UUAGGACCCUGGGUUGGUGGGGUCAGGAGGAGCUGGGGGUUCCUUGCUCCGGGACAGCUGGGCCUGUUGGGGUGCUGGGCGCCUCGUGUGUGGCCCCCGGAACUGUGAGUUCCUUCUCGGGGGAAGGGAGCCAAGGGCUGCGGGCUGGAGGAGUGGCCACUGCACCAUCCAGGCUGCAGUGUGUGCCAGGAGAGGGAUCCCGCGGCUGCGAGGGGCCGGGGCCCGGGGUCUCCCGCCGUCCCGGCCAUCGCGCUGCCCUCACCUUCCUCGCCUCCCUGGCCAGGCGGGUCCCUUAAAGGAGCUUGUCGGCUGGAGACCGUCUGGUCUCCUAGAACUUCAACCCCCCAGUGCACCCAGCCUCUGCCCCCUGCCAGCGGUUCUUAAAGCUGAGCUUCAGGCAGUGCAUUUUCUUUGGGAGACUUUUUAAUUCAAAGCGCAGCACCAUCCUAAGCACCUCUGCUCUAGGACAGUGAAAACAGCUCAUCUCUGUGGAAUGACAUCUAAGGGACAGCCUUGUAAUACCAUUUAUGGCCUGAGUUUGCUACCCAUUUGCUGAGCCAGUGUUCCUCAGGGGCACCUGCUACCAAAGUUAAUAGUUUCUUAGCUGGGAAAGUGCUGCACGGAUCUCUGUUACGUGGACUUUUACUUCGUUUGUAAAGACUUUGAUGGAAAUCGAUAACUCGGACAGCAAAACAUAUUACUCCAUAGGAACAAUUUUCCUUUUUACCCCCUUUUAGAGGAUUUCUGAUCCCUACCCUGGUGUGACCACUGAUGGAGCAAGAGCAAAAACUGUUGGUCUCAGACUCUAGUGGCUUCAAGGAGAGGGAGAAUUUGAAAAGCCCUUUUACAGGACAUGAAAGAAAGAAUAAUUUGGAAACUGCUCAACACAAUCACUCCAAGGCAGAGAAAGAGAGCGCCUCAAAGUGGUCUAAAAGAGAUGGCCUGCAAAAUUGUAAGCAUGAGGAUACAAAAGAAAUUUCAUUGACAUGGUCCCCAGGAGGUGAGAUCUGGUGUAAUGAGUCCUAUGAGAAUGGUGGCAAGUCCGAGAAUCAGGGAAAUUCCGCAGGAAAAGAUGAAAAACCCAAUCACUGGAAUGGGGACCCAGGGGACCAGUGCAGUGGCUCUGUCCAGCAGAAUUCAACCUUCAGAGACAAACCCUACAAAUGUCCUGAAUGUUGGAAAAGCUUCAAUAACAGCUCGCAUCUGCGUAUUCACCAGAGAACCCACUCAGGAGAAAAACCUUACAAAUGCUCGGAGUGUGGGAAAUGCUUCAGUAACAGCUCUCACCUGACUCAACAUCUGAGAACGCACACGGGAGAGAAGCCCCACCGGUGUGGUGAAUGUGGGAAAAGCUUCAGCAACACCUCCCAUCUCAUCAUCCAUGAGAGGACUCACACAGGAGAGAAACCCUAUAAGUGUCCCGAGUGUGGGAAGAGCUUUAGUAGCAGCUCCCACCUGGUUCAGCACCACAGAUCACAUACCGGUGAAAAGCCAUACGAAUGUCCUGUUUGUGGGAAAUGCUUCAGCCACAGUUACGUCCUAAUAGAGCACCAGAGGAUUCACACUGGAGAAAAGCCUUAUAAGUGCCCUGACUGUGGAAAGAGUUUUAGUCAGAGUUCCAGCCUGAUUCGCCACCAGCGGACACACACAGGUGAGAAGCCCUACAAAUGUCUCGAGUGUGGAAAAAACUUUGGUUGUAAUUCGACCCUAAUAAAGCAUCAGAGAAUUCAUACGGGAGAAAAACCCUAUCAGUGUACAGAAUGCGGGAAGAGUUUCAGUCGAAGUUCAAACCUAAUUACACACCGGAAAACCCACACAGGCGAAAAGCCCUAUGAAAGUUCCGAAUACGAGGAGAGCUUGAGUCAGAACUGCGGUGUGAUAGAGGAAUGCAGACUCCAGCCAGGGGAGAAACCGUACAAAUGUUGUGAAUGCGGAAAGCGUUUUGGUCUCAGCUCUCAUCUCAUUAGACAUCAGAGAACACAUACGGGAGAAAAACCUUACCGGUGUUCAGAGUGUUGGAAAACUUUCAGUCAGAGUUCCACGCUGGUGAUUCACCAAAGGACGCACACAGGCGAGAGACCUUAUAAGUGUCCCGACUGUGGCGAGGGCUUCAGUCAGAGCUUUAAUCUUAUCAGGCACCGGCGGACUCAUGUGGGAGAAAAACCUUACAAAUGCACUGACUGUGAGAAAUGCUUCAGCAGAAGUGCCUAUCUCAGUCAGCACCGGAAAAUUCACGUAGAAAAGUCUUUCCAGUCUCCUGAAGUUGAAGAUUUUCCUCAUGGGUGGACUUGGAAAAACUAUCCAGGGGAAAUGGCCCUCCUCUCUUCCUUUUCGGUCCCAAGUCCAUCUUCCUCUUGAGUUUCAAAGGCUGUUUAUUUUUCAAUUUUUUUUCUUUUUCUUGCUGGGUCAUUACAAUGAUGGGGUGGCUACAAAGUUUUCUUUGGUGUGUCUGCCAUUAUGUCUGGAAAAAGUCAACCUUCCAGGUUAGAUGAUAGGAAGGUCCUGAUCCCCAGCUCAUUCCCUCUGCCCAGUGAGAUGCUGCCAAUGAUGGAGAAGAAAUGUGU